CUAGAUCUUUUAUAACUCCUAUAAAACAAGGGCAUCUACAAGAGUCACCACUAUUAUUUCACUAAGUUCACAAAAAUGGCAGAGUCCCCUACUACCUCAGGUAUGACUAGGAAAAUUCUUGUACUUUUCUUGAUUGGAUUGUUGGCAUAUGUUUAUCAAGCAAUUACACCACCUCCUCCGAAAUUUUGUGGUUCCCCCGGUGGCAAUCCCAUCACUGCACCACGAAUAAAACUCUCCGAUGGAAGGCAUUUGGCGUAUAAAGAGCAAGGUGUUUCGAAAAAUGAAGCAAAGUACAAAAUUGUGUUCAUCCAUGGAUUUGAUAGUUGUAGACAUGACGUUGUUAUUGCCACCACUCUUUCUCAUGAUGUUAUUGAGAGUUUGGGAAUAUAUAUUGUGUCAAUUGAUAGACCUGGUUAUGGUGAAAGUGAUCCUCAUCCACAAAGAACACCAAAGAGUUUAGCUCUUGAUAUUGAAGAAUUAGCAGAUCAAUUGGAAUUGGGAUCCAAAUUCUAUGUUGUUGGAUUUUCCAUGGGUGGACAAGUAGUUUGGGGAUGUCUCAAAUAUAUUCCUCACAGAUUGGCAGGAGCAGCACUUCUAACACCUGUGGUUAACUAUUGGUGGCCUAGUUUCCCAUCAAAUUUGUCAACAAAAUCAUAUUAUGAUCAACUUUUGCCUGAUCAAUGGACACUUAGAGUUGCUCAUUAUCUUCCAUGGUUAACAUAUUGGUGGAACACUCAAAAAUAUUUUUCAUCUUCUAGUGUUGCAGCUCAUAGCCCUGGUAUUUUUAAAACUCAAGAUAUGCAAUUAGGACCAAGAUUUGAUGGCUCACAAGAAAAAUACAGGGCACAAAUUAGACAACAAGGGGAAUUUGAAUCACUCCAUAGAGAUACAAAUAUUGGAUUUGGUACAUGGGAAUUUGAUCCAAUGGAUUUAAAAAAUCCAUUUGAUAAAAAUGAAGGAUCUGUUCAUUUAUGGCAAGGUGAUGAAGAUGGACUUGUACCUGUUAUAUUACAAAGAUAUAUUGCACAAAAAUUACCAUGGAUUCAAUAUCAUGAAAUUAAAGGUGGUGGUCAUUUAUUUCCUUAUGCUGAUGGAAUGGGAGAUAAACUUAUCAAAACAUUUUUACUUGGUGAAAAAUUUGAAGUAUAACGAUGUACGGAGAAAUAUAGACGUUCAGAUAUGAUUUAGUUGAAUUCUGAAGAAAAAAAGAGUGAUUGAAGUCGAAGUUGAAAAAGGGUAUUUGAAAGUUGGAUUUGACUUAACAUGUAACAUGUGUUGUGUGCUUUGUGUAAUGGCACUAGUUGGGGACUAGUCCUAGAUGAAAUUAAUUAAUACAAAGUUCAUCAUC